AUCAAAUCCCAGUUAUAGAAAGUAGGGAGGGAAAGAGAAGCAAAAACUUACUGCUAUUACACAGUUAAAACUAAGCAGGUUAACGAAUUAAAUAAUACAUAUAAUAAUCAGUUCAGAGUGUUGGCUUAGAUUUUUCAAAAUUUUGUUUUUUUGUUAACCAAACCCUUACAAAAUGUCGUAUUCACCAAAAUCACCAAAUUCCCCCAAGACAAGCCCUAACCCUAGCCUUAGCCCUAAUCAGGACCAUGAGUAUUACAAUAAAAACUUAAACUUGAAGCCACAAUCACCAAAAAGGGCUCAAAGCUUACCAGACAUUUGGUUCAAAGAACAAGCUCUAAAGCAUGUUUUUUACAAGAUGCAGCAACAGUUCCACCGUCCUCUCAGCAGUACCCCAUCAACUUCGCCGCCGUCCGAGCCUGAUUUAACAUCGUUUCAAUCAAUAUCCUUGGACCCCACCGGACCAGAUUACGGCGCCCUCCUAUCCGACGAACUUCUUCUCAAAAUAUUCUCGAAGCUUCCCAUCUCUCAACAUGUCCCCAAUUCCUUGGUCUGCAAACGUUGGUUGUGCCUUAACGGCCGGUUGGUGCAAUCCCUCAAAGUUACCGAUUGGUCGUUUGUUACUUCAGGUCGGGUUUUUAUCCGGUUCCCCAAUCUCACCGAUUUAGACCUUGUCCGUUCGUGUAUUCGGAUGCCGAGAAACUCUGAGAUUCUAGUGACCCACAAAACGGUGUCGGUUCAUGUCGAUACUAAUUUUAACCCCAAUGGAUUUCUUGGAGUAACGGCGUUGUUGCCGUCAAAUGCAGUUGACCAGGGGCUUAUAAUGGUAGCCGAAAAGUACCCGAAUUUACGGAGAUUAGUGGUGAUUGGAGCAAGCGAAGAAGGGUUGUUAAGAAUUGCAGAGGAGUGUUCUACAUUGCAAGAAUUGGAGCUACAUUGUUGUGGGGAUUUGGCUUUGAAGGGUAUUUCGGGGAUUAAAAAUUUACAGGUAGUCAAAUUGAUCGGGUUCAUUGAUGGGUUUUACAACUCCAUAAUUUCAGAUAUUGGGUUAACGUUAUUAGCUCAAGGUUGUAGAAGGUUAGUUAAGCUUGAGCUUUGUGGAUGUGAAGGGAGCUAUGAUGGGAUUAAGGCAAUAGGGCAAUGCUGUCAAAUGCUUGAAGAAUUGACCUUUUCUGACCAUCAAAUGGAUGGUGGGUGGUUAGCUGGGCUUUCAUUUUGCGGGAAUUUGAAGACUUUGAGGCUUAGGUCCUGUAAAAGUAUUGAUAAGAGUCCCGGGGCGGAUGAGCAUUUGGGGUCUUGUUCGACUCUUGAAGAGUUGCAUUUGCAACGAUGUCAAAUUCGGGAUAAGCAAAGUGUUAAAGCUUUGCUUUUGGUUUGCGGAAAUGUUAGGGAUAUUGUUUUACAGAAUUGUUGGGGUUUGGAUGAUGAUGUGUUUGGCCUUGCUAGUAUUUGUAGGAGGGUAAAGCUUCUUUCUCUGGAAGGAUGCUCAUUGCUGACUAUAAAAGGUUUGGAGUCGGUGGUGCUUUCUUUGAAAGAGCUUCAGCAAUUGAGAGUAAUGUCAUGUACUAAUAUCAAGGAUACUGAAGUCACACCUGAACUAGCAACCUUGUUUUCUGUGCUUAAAGAGUUGAAAUGGAGACCGGAUUCCCGAUCUCUGCUAUCGUCAACUCUUGCAGGGACUGGAAUGGGAAUGAAAGGUGGUAGAUUCUUCAAGAGGUCAAAGGAUUGAUUGUUCUGCCUGAUGCCAUCCAUUUGGGUAUCAACUAGUUAAUGGAAAAAGAUGUGAGAGCAACACCUACAGGCCCUAUAAGAUUCUACGAUCAUCAUUCUUUCUUUAGUUUAGAUGAUGUUCAUUCAUGGUAAUAACAGAGGAAGAUUUGCCAUCCUUACACCAAUCAAUCCAGCUGAGCGGAGUUGUCACAUGAAUUUCAACUUGAAGCAAGAAUUAACUUUGUUAAUGUCUUUUAGUGGUGGGAAUGUCGUUCCAUCAAACUUCUCAGUGAGGGUUAGAUUUUCUAGUUUCAUUGACAAGUAAUCAUCUGACUUGUUAAUUGAUGUAAACCGAAAAGGUAAGAAUAUAGUUUACAUUUUACACAUUUUUUUUCAAACUCAUUGUAAUUCGGAUCCAGCUGCUUCCUUUAUAGAAUGAAUGAAUGAUCCAUUUAUUUAGAAUCCAUUUUAUAGAUGCUUUUCUUUU